AUUUUAAUAAUUCAUUAUUUACGAGCGCAUUUGUAAUCAGUACCAUUAAGUAAAAAAAAACUGGUUAGCAGUAAAUCAUUAAGAAAAAAUUUGACAAUUUCAUCAGUUUUCUUCUUUUUUCGAGAUAGACACAUUUUGGAAUUUUUAUGCGUUAGCAUAUUUUGUGUACAUUUUUCCAAAACACAGAAACAAUGUUAAAUUCCUAUGAAAGCCAAAUAUAAAUAUACAAUGUCACACGACAAUAUCCGCCGAGAGCAGGAUCAGAACACAGCCAAGCUGGUAAUGAACGCAUUCUACAAAGUAGCAGACAAAGAUGGUGCGACAGCUAUGGAGAUCACAAGGUACUUGCAGGAUAAGUUCGGGGACGUGUGGCGGACGACCACUCUCACGUGGAAGGCCGAGGAGACAUUAAAGAGGAGCGCGAUUCUGGGGUUCCUAGACCGGCAGGGCGACCGCUACGUGGCCAACCUGGCGCGCGAGCUGGGCUGUCGCCGCCGCCGACGCCGCAAAAGCUGCCCGCGCCGGCGACGCAGAAAGCGAGCCUGCCAGCGCAGAAGGCGACGCCGCCGGCCCUCCUGCUGCUGCGGGAUGUGACCCCGGACCGCGCUGCCGGAUACUCAUCAUUAAAACUUGAAAAUUUGCAUGAUUCUCUUAUUCUGGUUUUUUCCACAUGUGAAUUAUUGCGGAAUUUAAUAAAAGUUUUUUUUUU